AUGUGUGGGACGUGGAAUGCGGAAUACCUAACAAGCGUACAAAAAGCACCGGACAUCAGGGUCGGCACGGCCACGAGUUUCUUGAAUUCGAGUAUGACCGUGGACGUCUCCGAUAUGCAAACAACAGCAACUACCGUAAUGACUCGCUCAUUCGCAAAGAAAACAGCUAAGCUCGGUUCGCUCCUUGAAGUGCAGGACAGUGAAGAUCCAGAAGGUUUGCGUGUGAUGUACUAUCUAGUCCAGGAUCUGAAGGUACGCCGCACGGUCUUUCGGAGGCGAGACAGAACUGACAUGAUGAUGCCUCAGUGUCUCAUUUUCAGUUUAAUUUCUUUGCAUUUUAAAAUCAAGCCCAUUUCAGUAUGA